GCGGGCGUCCCGGGCGGACGGCGCCUUGACCGCGGGCGCGUCCCGGGGGUUCCGAUUUGAAGACCUGGCUUCUCAUCGCCAACUGGAUUAUGCCCAAAGCUCUACUACCCAAUGAUCCUCUUGCAACACGCCGGCCUUCCUCUGCCUAAGCGGCCCUCAUCCUCUCCUCCUAUGUCAGUAGCCACUAGGUCUACAGGAACCUUGCAGCUUCCACCACAGAAGCCUUUUGGGCAGGAGGCUUCCUUGCCUCUGGCAGGGGAAGAAGAGUUACCUAAGGGAGGGGAGCAAGACUCUACCCUGGAGGAGCUAUGUAAGCCCCUGUACUGCAAACUCUGCAAUGUCACCUUGAACUCUGCGCAGCAAGCCCAGGCUCAUUAUCAGGGUAAAAAUCAUGGUAAGAAACUCCGAAAUUACUAUGCAGCAAAUAGCUGUCCUCCUCCUGCCAGGAUGAGCAAUGUGGUAGAGCCUGCAGCUACUCCAGUUGUCCCAGUCUCUCCACAG